AAAUGCUUGAUCAAAAAAGGAACCUUUCAGUGAUUGUAGAUGUCAGCUGUGAUAUAACAAAUCUCAAUAACCCUGUUCCUGUUUACAACAUUAGUACCACAUUUAAAAAUCCAACAGAAUUGAUUGAAACAAAGAAUCCAAAGCCUCUUGAAGUUAUUUCUAUUGAUCAUUUGCCAACUUUGCUUCCUAAAGAGAGUAGUGAACAAUUUAGUAAAGAUUUAUUGCCUAGUUUAUUGGAAUUACAAAAUAGAACAAAUUCAAAUGUAUGGUUGAAUGCUGAAAAAUUAUUUGUUGAGAAAGUUGCUUUGGUUGAUUCAUAA